AUGUCUGCCCUAACGCCUAUUACCGGCACCCUUAGAAAGAGAAUCAUCGCCGAUAUCACCAUCGGCUUCGCCAUUGGCGGAGUGAUGGGCAGCUACUACUGGUGGGGAUUCCACAAGAGACUGAUCAACAAGAGAGAGGCGUUCUACGAGAAUUUGGCGGCUCAAAAAGCGGCUGAAAACUAA